GAUACUGCUCGUGCAGUGUCAACAAAUUGUCUUCUGCGUCCAUGUACAACAGAGCCGCUUCAAAGGUUCUUUUUGUAAUAAAACUCCACCACUGAUUCCAAGAUGUUUUUUUUACAAUGUGCUUCCUCUCGAAACUCAAAACCAAACUAAACUUAGUACACGAGGAAUUAAUAAUAAUCUUCACACACCACCGUUUUCAAUAAGAACCCCGCCGGUCUUUCUUAAAGAGCUGUCAAAUUCAACUACGCCAUAGGACACUAAACCCACAUAUGUGCGCAGGGCGGACGUAUUUUUUCAGGGUGUCGUUGCUUUGAAAAUGCUUUUAAAAGAAUGAAAAAACGUUCGCUAACAACCAUGGAAACUUAUCACUACAUUCGAAAGUUAUUGCUUUCGAGACGUUUUCGCUUUCUAUUUUCUCGUUUUCUCUAAUUGCGGUUUACUUAAUUGUUCGCUUGGACGAUCUCUAUUUUCUAAUUGUUAAAGGCUCAAAAGCUCACCUGUUAGAAAACAAUCUCGUUCGCUUGUUCCACCCUGAGAAAACCGACUCGCGAGUAGACGCAAGUUAAAAAGUUGGGUUUACUUGCGAUUCCGUUUGGACAGGCCUUGCGUGCACUGGCAAUGACUUGUGCUCACUUUGGUCGAGAUCAAAUUUGCACGCGAGUCGACGUAAGUUCUUGACGGUUUAGCCGCCCAACCCAAGUCAACGCAAGUUGAAUGACGUCCAUUCGUUGCUGCAGCAACCUAUUAGCCAAUGGAAUACAGGAUAUGUCUUUCAUUUUGGCCACGCGGAACAAAGCCCGUAGCCUGGAAAUGUUUUUUGUUUUCGACUUGCGUGUACUUGCGUGGAAAUUUGCGAGUCCGUUUGGCCACCCAACGCAAGUGUCUACGCAAGUUCAACUUAUGAUGACUUGCGACUACUUGCGAGCCCGGUUAGCAUGGCCAGGGUUUUAAACUUUUUAUUUCGUAAAUGAGACAGCGGAUAAGCUCACCAACCAUGACGUACCGCCCCUGUGUAUUUUUAACAGAUCCUAACAGGUACUUGAAUUCAAUGAAUGUUACUGAAGUUAUUGCUAGAUUACUUUUGCAAAUAAACAAACGAAAUGUUGGUUUUUGGUUUAACAUUUAGUGAUGAAAAAUUUGCUACAGUUGAAACAAUAUGUGACUCGAGUAGGCUGUGUUUAAAAAUGCCUCCCACCCGCCCCUCCAUAUUUGUUAAGGACGUUAAAUAAGGGGUAAACUGAUCAAUAAUUAAUUAAAACUUCUCUGCUGGGUAGAAAGUCACGGAAUAUGGGUUGAGUAAUGACUUUUACUGAAUAGCAAAGCCACUUGCCAGGGGAAAAAAAUCUCGUAAUGAAUUUAAUCGCUUACUUUGUAAUGUCAUUGACUUUGAUGGCCGUUUCUGCGAAGAAAGAUCAAGUCACUUUACUUUUUGUGGGAGAUAUUUCCUUCUCUGGCCCGGUGAAAUAUUACGUGGAACACAAGUAUCACACAUAUAAUGACUCGUUCAAUGAGGUUGCACCACACAUCAGACAAGCUGAUAUUUCUGUUGGUAAUUUGGAAUCUCCUUUUGUUAGCCAAGAUGUCUAUGGCCACAUAUACAAAGGGAAAAAGUUAGUUUUACUAGAUGCGAGUCCAGAGGCUGCCCCAGCAUUGAGUUUUGCAGGAUUUGAUGUUAUGACACUAGCCAAUAAUCACUUGAACGACUUUGGUUCAGAAGGAGUCAACUUUACUGUUGACGUUCUUAAAAAGACGAGAGUGAAAUAUUUUGGCGUCACUUAUGGCAAAUAUGACUCUUCUCAGGAACCUUUGAUACUGGAACGACGCGGAAUAAAGAUAGGGUUUCUUGGUUACUGUGAUUCCAUAACCGCGGCCAUAGACAAAAACUGUACCGAAAUGAGAAUGUUGUUCAAUUCUGGUCCUGCUCUUUACCGAGAUGACAUCGCCACAAGAGACUUCAACAAGCUAAAACAGGCUAAGGUAGACAUCAUAGUCGUCUUUAUACACUAUGGUCAAGAACGCUGCUUAGGCCCGCGUCCCUACCAGCAUCGUAUUAACAAACACCUGAUGUCACUUGGUGCACACGUCAUCAUUGGAUCACAUCCUCACGUGCUACAACCACACUGUGUUACUGAAGACAACAAGGUGAUAGCACACAGUCUGGGGAAUUUCUUGUUUUACCCAAACCGUCCUAUCGGUGGCGGCAAUCCGGAAGUUUAUGGACGUUUGGGUAACAAACCUGAUAAACUCUUGAUAGAAUCCUACGAACACUUUGUACUUGAAAGCCCUGAGAAUUUAAAAGCGUCCCGUAUGCUGAAAGUUACCAUCUCAAGGAGUGGCAUUGUGGGAGCAAAAUAUCUGCCCCUGAAAGUCGCAUUUGAUCCGAAAACCAAGCGAAUUCAUCCUGAACCGAAAAAGAAAGCAAAAUGGAUUCUCGUCUGCGGAGUUGAAGAUAAGCAAUGCCAACCAUGUCAUAAGAGUUGAAAGGAGAUAAAGAAAACCACAACGCCUGCCGUCUUUUUACAAGUUAUUUUCUAUUUCAAUUUAAUUACUGCAAGAGCCCUAAAUACUGUACCUCUGAUUUGAACCGUUUCGCUAUUUGAUCUUCAUUUAAUUCCCUUAAAAAAAAGUUAAGAUUCAUUAGCUUUCAAUAAUUAAGCUUGCGAGCAAGCUCUCUGGCUUGAAGACAAACUGCGAGCUAAUACAUCCUAGCUUAUACCAUCCAGGAGUUUUGCUUCAACAUAUCUACAACAAGCUGGCAUCAGUGUGUAGAAGAUCUUGCCUACCAUCUUCCCAUAUCUAGCGCCUAUCAAAAUGUUGCAGACCGUUAAUUUAAAGAAAUAUACAACUUUUUUAAUGUUAAAGAUGUUUGUCAGAUUCUCGGCGGUUUCUCCAUUCCAAACCAUAAAGUCGCAGUCGAACCAUACGGCCUGUCGAACUAAACAGACCUACGCUCGAUAUAAGAUGGUAGAUAAACAUCGAGGUGCGUAGCGCCGAGCUGGCUAUAAUC